GCCCCGCCCCCUGUCGGAUCAACGGACAAACACUCUCACGCUCGCUCACGGACACUUGCCGCUCCUGCAGGAACAUCGGAGGCGCACGACUGUUGUUUUAUGUUGUUUAUAUUAGUUUGCUGGACCAUCGCGUGCUGCACGGAGUAACGGUCGCAGCGUCCCCGCGCGCGCUGGAGUUGAGCACGGAUCGUGAAGCGCAGGUUUUGUUCAGCAGAGGAUUUGGAGAGAGUGCAGCGGAGGACACAGCAGAGCCGUCACCAUGUGCAUUUGACAAAUACCCGGGGGCCACACAGGCGAGCUGAUGAGGAUGACGAUGGUGAGUGAGCUCUUGCUGUAGUGUCUGAUGGUUUGGUAAUAAUGGACGUCCCCAAUGGCCAGCCCAGCGUCUCCACCUUCACGACCCCGGCCUCAGAGAGGAGCAGCAGCUCUGAGUCCCUCAGUGAGAAGGGCCCCUCGGAGCUCAAGAGUUUUGACGCUGUGGUGUUCGACGUGCUGAAGGUCACGCCGGAGGAAUAUGCAGGUCAGAUCACUCUCAUGGAUGCUCCAGUGUUCAAAGCCAUUCAACCUGAGGAGCUCUCUAGUUGUGGCUGGAACAAGAAGGAGAAACACAGUUCAGCACCCAACGCUGUGGCCUUCACACGACGCUUUAACCAGGUGAGUUUCUGGGUGGUGAGGGAGAUUCUUCAUGCUCAAACUCUGAAGAUCAGGGCAGAAGUGUUGAGCCUCUAUAUCAGAACAGCAAAGAAACUGUGUGACAUGAAUAAUCUCCAUGCAGUGAUGGCAGUAGUAUCUGCUUUACAGAGCGCCCCCAUCUUCAGGCUCACCAAGACCUGGGCUCUUUUGAGUCGAAAGGACAAGGCCACGUUUGAGAGGUUGGAGUAUCUCAUGUCUAAAGAAGACAACUAUAAACGCUUGAGAGAUUACAUCAGCAGCCAGAGCAUGACAUCCUGCAUCCCAUAUCUGGGUAUAUAUCUGUCUGAUCUGACCUACAUCGAUUCGGCGUAUCCCUCCACUGGCAGCAUUCUGGAAAACGAACAGCGUUCCAACCUUAUGAACAACAUUCUGAGAAUCAUCUCAGACCUGCAGAGAUCUGUUGAAUAUGAUAUCCCAGUAUUGCCGCAUGUCCGGAAGUAUCUCAACUCUGUUCGCUACAUUGAGGAGUUACAGAAGUUUGUGGAGGACGACAAUUAUAAGUUGUCCUUAAAGAUCGAGCCACCAGCUACCAGCACACCUCGCACCACUGCCUCUAGAGAGGACCUCACAGGUCCAGACACAUCUGCGUCACCGUUAUGUGGUCGUCGUGGUAAUGUUGCUGAAGGUGCCCUGCCUAAAGUCCCGCCGACGCCACCUUCACCCCGGAACCUCAUCACCUACGGACACAGGAAGUGCCACAGCCUCGGCUACAAUUUUAUCCACAAAACGAACACAGUGGAGUUUAAAAGCGCCACGUUCCCCAACGCUGGAUCCAGACACCUGCUGGACGACAGUGUGCUGGAAAGUCACACACCCACACGAGGGCAAGCGGAGAGCUCAACACUGUCUAGCGGCAUUUCACUGGGAAGCAGUGAUGGGUCGGAGCUCAGUGAGGAGAUGUCUUGGCCUGCCUUUGAGAGGACUCGAUUCUACCACUCUCUGGGUCCCGUCAGCAGAGUGGGCCGCAUUUCCUGCAGAGGAGCGCUCAGGCCCAGCAGCUCUGCAGAGUCGGAGGAGCUGGCGGUGCAUCUGUACCCAGGAGCCGUCACCGUUCAGGGGGUCUUACGCAGGAAAACAGUCCUCAAGGAAGGCAAGAAACCCACGGUGGCAGCGUGGACUAAGUAUUGGGUGGCUCUUUGUGGCACUCAGCUUUACUAUUAUACUGCCAAGUCCCUCAAGGCCACAGAGAGGAAGCAUUUCAAGUCUACUGCCAGCAAAAGUGUUUCUGUUUUGGGCUUAAUGGCCAUGAUGGCAGACGACCCGGAGCAUCCCGACGUCUUCCUGCUGACUGACUCUGAGCAUGGAAACUCGUAUAAGUUCCAGGCAGGGAACAGAAUGAAUGCUCUGCUGUGGUUCAAACACUUGAGUGCAGCUUGUCAAAGCAACAGGCAACAGGUCCCAGCGAAUCUAAUGUCUUUCGAAUGAGUGAGACCAGGGCCAAUCAAACACAUGGAGAGCUCAUGAGCGGCUGCUGGAUGACAGGAGAGCAGAGGAAAAUGAAGGAGGAGAGGCCAGAGAUGAAUAAAAGAACAAAUGACUCGUGUUUUGUGUUGCGUGUUGGAGCUUUUCCACUGCCAUCACCCAGCCUGAACCCCACAGCAAACUCCUCGAGCACCACUGCCUUAACAAGCAGAGUGUGUGUGUGUGUGUGUGUGUGUGUCUGUGAAAGAGAGAUUGAUGCAAUGCCCCCAGCAGCAAUGGUGUCCCCUCCACUGGUUUGACCUGAAAGGACCCGAUUCCUUUUUACAUUUUAUUUACACUUUCUGCAUCUUCCACCUGAUUCCCAGCAAGCGAGGAAUUCUUCUUGGGCUCUUCUUGAAGGACUCUUCAUGGACCUCUGGAGUUUGUUUACACCUUCUUUAUCUUGUUUGUUGCUUGAGUUUUAUGGUUGUAAAUCUAAUCACACUAAACCCACCCAGAAACUCUCCAGCGCUGCACAAGACGUUGAUUGCGUCUUCACACACUUGAGUUAUGCAAUGCAAGCAUGACACAAGAUUUACCGCAAACAGGUUCAGCUGCAGCAAAUGGAAGUCCCUCAUUAAUUAAAACCAGAAAGGGCUCCGAUACUCGACGAAUUCCAGAUGCAGAGAAACUCUUUAUCUUCUGAACGUUUCUAUUCGACUUCUGUGCUCUUUUAUGGAUUCUCCAACCUUCUUUUUAGCUCAUAUCAACACGAACGCACACACAAACGUGUUUGUUUUGCUUGAAGGCACCCAAGAUGUUCAAAACCAGGGUGUGUAGGAAGAAAAGACUGAGAAUGGAAGAGCUCAUCAAGCAGGAACAACAAGAUGUUUGAAGCCACUCCUUUAUGGUAAGACGCGUACAGCUUCAAAACAUCUGCAAUAAGCACACCGGUUUACACAGGUUCAGUCAAACAGUAAAAGAUUAGUUUGUUUGCGCUCUCUGAGUUCUCAAUGAGGACACACCUACAUAAACACACUUUUCAAGCUGUGAAUGUUAGUGGGCGCAGACGUCAGUUGGUUUACAUCCUCAAACUUGUAUUUAGUCCCACUGUAUUUAGGUUUUUUUUCCCAUACCAAUGGUUUUCCAAUGGAAUCGUGUGAAUGGUGGGAAGCGGAGCAGGGGAAAAGGCACUGCUUGUGUUUUCUUUGCAUCACUGCUAUUUUUAUGUCUUUUGCUUUAAUGUGGUUUUAUUUUAUUAUUAGAUUUCAGUAUUACUGGGAUAGUUGCACUUGUCUAGACUAUUUUAAUUGUCUGUUACAUUAACAUGUUAUGUAUGAUUUUGUCUUUUGCAUUUUGAAAGUAACGCCAUCUCGACUUGGCUUUAGUGGGAUGUUUUCUUCUCGUUGAGCCAUAAAAGUUCAACAAAACAGCUGUAUCUGUUUCUAUUGGGAACAAGAGAUGUUAGUUCUGAGCUUAACCAACGACGAUUAGCGUUCUGAGGCGUAACGGAGCAGGAUGUCUUUUAAGACGAUGGAUUAGAUGGGUCUGUCUUUAUCUUUCAAUUUCACUACAUCCUCCUUUUCUUCUGUAUUUCUGUACUCAGCUCUACUGUUUCCAGUUGUGUGGAACGUCAAAGUCUUUAAAUUUUUUUUUAUAAAUGGGAAGAUCUUGGGUAAUAAAGGACGUGCUUGGAUGAUGAUUGCAGGAAACUUCUUCCAGAGUGUCGAAGUGCUGUGGCGUUUUUAUUUGACCAACAAUAAUGAACUAAAUUGACAUGAAUAUACUGUAAUGGAGGAGUUGGCAACUGGUUUAUACUUGGCCUAACUUCAAUAACAAGUUAUCACCAUUCCCUUUGUGGUGUUUUUGUGUGGAAUUUGAGUGGAGAUGAUUGGAUGCUGAGGUCAUGGAUGGGAAACUGGCCAUCUUGCAUUGCUUUUCUUCUUAAAACAAUAUUUUUGUAAGGUAUCUUUAAUCUAAAAGGGAGGAUUUUAUAGGAAAUGGGGGCGUCCAUCACAGCUAAUACUGAGACAUUGGAGAAAUGCUGGUUGUGACAGGUUAGCUGAUCUGGAGUAGUUUUUGUUUACUUUCGUUUGUAUUGUUUUGAGCCUUUAAUAUCAGGUAUUAGCACUUUGGGUUGUAAAAAAAAAAAGCGAUCUGAAGCUCUGCCACAUACAAGAUGAGGGGAAAAAAAGCUAUGAGAGUCAAUCAGCAAAAUGAGACACUCGAAAAACACUGUCGACAAAGUGUUUACAUGUUAAAUGAACAUGAGUGUUAUUUUGGUUCAAGCUGUGAAAGUCCCGUGAGGCUGGAUUGUCGUUUUGGAGCUGUUGUGAAAGCACAGGCAGAGAUCUUGACCAACCACAUGAACUUGGCACCAAUAAUUAAAGGAGAAAGUUGUUGAAAUGGGAAUUUUUCUUAAUAAACGCAGGGGAACAUCACGCCAGACAUUUUACUGAAAUGAGUUAUGCGUCUUGUCAAGUCUCCAGCCUUUUCCGUCAGAGACUUGGACCAAAGUUAAUUAUGAUGCUGUUGGUUCUGUGGCAGUUUCUAGGUUUAUUUCUCUAAAACGUUCGGAUGAGGGUUGACGUUAUGGAAUAGUAAGAGCAAGCAACUGUCUAUGAUUAAUAAAUGGAGACAGAAGAACGGUGGGAAACGUGAUUAAGCUGCCUCUAAUCCAAUUUUGGACCUUUUCUGGAUUUUUUUUGUUCCAGUUGUUUAUUAUUUCACACUACAUCUCUCUCUCUCUCUGUCUCUCUCUCUCUCUCUCUCACUCACUCUCUGAACAAUAAUGAAAUAGCUGUGAUGAAUGAAAUUGUCCAUGAUGGAUUUUUUCCCCCUUCACUACAGUAAUGAUAAAUGUUAUUUUUGUUGUUGCUGGUUUGUCUUUUUUUUUUCCUUUACAGUUAAUGUGUUAUGUUCAGUCUUUUCAAUGAGAUUCUCUAUAUCUCCAGCAUACUUUGUACUGUUCGGUUUCAGUGUCUUUAUAUGUACAAUGCAUAUGAUAUCAUACACGCACGCAUGAUAUUGACAGAUGGACGUCUCAUCUUCUCUGCCGCUUUCUUUGGCUGUUUGAACUUCACCGCAUCACUUGUUUUAUGUGGUGGUGUAUUGCAAUGGAAUUUGUAAUGAGUUGUUUAAGAAAUGAAUUUGUGUGUGUGUGUGUGUGUGUCACUCUGUGCCAUCCUGUGUCACCUGCUCCCACCCACCUUAUAACCUCCCUGUCUGACCCCACGCCGGCUGGGACCCAUGACCCAGGGCAGCGCUAUGACCUUUGACCUGAGAGAUGUGCUCCUGGGUUCCAGACAGGACAAAACAAAUAAACACUUUUGGUUGUAUGUUUUUUAA